AUGCCUUUAAUAGCAUUUAAUUUAACUCUAACCCUCACCUUCGAUGAUGAAAAAAAUGUAAAACGGUCUGACGAUAAAUCAAAACGAACAGUAACAACGAGUCCAAAAAUAUGUAUUGUUGGUGCGGGACUAUCUGGACUGUUCUCGGCCCUUCUUUUGAAAGAGGCCGGUAUUAAAGAUGUAACUAUCCUUGAAUCUUCUGAUCGCGUUGGAGGACGUGUUUAUACUAAAUACUUUACUGCGGAUGCGAAUGAUGAUAAACGUUUAUAUGCUGAACUUGGAUCAAAUAGAUUUCCUAUUGUUGAGGGUCAUCCUGAACUUUCUCAACAUCAAUUAGUUUAUGAUACAAUUGCUCAUCUGAACGAUUACAAUAAAGUUAAUAAUCCAGAUAGUGUAAUGACUCUUACUCCAUUUUCAACUUUCGAUAAAAAUGCUUUAUAUUACUUUAAUGGAAAAAAAGAUGCAAAUGGCAGUAUAAUAACCAAAGGCAUCGCUUUUGGUGGUGCUAAACCUACUGCCUUAGGAUUUCCUGAUUCAGUCCCUGAUAAUUUUCUUGACAUGUGGGAUGAUGCAUUAGCUCCCUUUUUUGACUUACUUGAUAAAAAUUUCACAAAUGGAAUUGAAACUUUAAAACUUUAUGAUCAAUUUUCUGCUUAUGAUUAUCUAAAAGAUAUUUAUUUUCCAAGAAAAUUACCACAAUCUAUGGCUCCUUAUGAAGAAGUAAUGAAAGCGAUUGAAAUGAACGUUCUAGGAACUGGCAUUUUUAGUAGUUAUGGUUUCGUUGACCUUGCUCUUAAUGAAUAUGCUUUUGGCAGUCCUAACCUUAAUAUAAGCUGGAAAGUAAUUGUUACUGCUCCUUUGGGUAACGUUUAUCAUUGGGAAAUUCCUCAAGCAUUCACUUAUUAUAAAAAACGAGCAAUUCGAGAACUUACGUGCAUGAAUGCUGCAAGAGUAUUUCUUCAAUUCAAAUCUCGAUUCUGGGAAGAAUCUCCUCUUGUAACUGGUGCACCUAACACGAGUACCAAUCUUGGAAUUACCGGUGGCGCUUCUUCUACUGAUCUUCCUAUUAGAUUCGUUGUGUACCCUUCACAAUAUAAAGGUCUACCUACAAAUAGCUCUGCAAUUCUGUUAGCAUCUUACGUAUGGGACAGUAGUGCUACAAAAUUUAGUCCGUAUACAGACGAUGAAUAUUUCGAAGCCGUAUUAAAAAAUUUAGUAACACUUCAUGGUGAUAUAGCAAAAACAGAAUGGGUUUCAGGUUCUGAAAAUAAUAUAGCUUUUAAUUGGGCACAAUAUAAACAUUCUAUUGGUGGUGCCUUUGCUUUGUUCUCAGCUGGACAAAUUGAUGAUUUAUUAGGUGCUAUAAUGAGACCUGAAAUUUCUGUUCAUUUUGCUGGUGAACAUACUGAUAUACAAACUGGUUGGAUGGUUGGCGCUCUUAAUUCUGGAGUUAGAGUUGUUAAAGAGAUAUUACUAGCAAAUGGUAUGGAUAGUCAAUGGGCGACACUAAAAAAUUCGACAUUAUUAAAAUACUGGAAUGGACAACUUGAUUUUAAAGGCUACUUUUAA